UGUGCAACUGUGUCGUGCACUCAGUGAAAACAAAAGCCAUGAUAAUGUCGGUUUCAGAGAUAUCCAACAGGCUUUGUAUGAGCUUGCAUACCACGUUGUCAGAGGAAACUUAAAGCAUGAUCAAGCCUCUAAUGUUCUUGGUGAUGUCAUAGAAUUUCGGGAAGACAUGCCUUCCAUCCUAGCUGAUGUGUUCUGCAUAUUAGAUAUUGAAACAAGUUGUUUAGAAGAAAAAAACAAGAGGGAUCAUUUUACUCAACUGGUGUUAGCCUGUUUGUAUCUUGUAUCUGACACUGUCCUAAAGGAGCGUUUAGAUCCAGAGACACUGGAGUCAUUAGGACUUAUCAAGCAGUCUCAACAGUUCAAUCAGAAAUCUGUUUAAAUAAAGACAAAACUAUUUUAUAAGCAACAGAAGUUUAAUUUGUUAAGAGAGGAGAAUGAAGGUUAUGCAAAGCUCAUUGCAGAACUGGGGCAAGACUUAUCUGGAAAUAUCACUAGUGAUUUAAUCCUUGAAAAUAUCAAAUCUUUAAUAGGAUGUUUUAACCUUGAUCCUAACAGAGUUUUGGAUAUUAUCUUAGAAGUCUAUGAGUGCAGGCCUGAGUAUGAUGACUUCUUUGUACCACUGAUAGAGUCUUACAUGUACAUGUGUGAACCUCAAACUCUAUGCCAUAUCCUUGGGUUCAAAUUCAAAUUUUAUCAGGAUCCAAGUGGUGAGACACCUUCCUCCUUAUACAGAGUUGCUGCUGUCCUUUUGCAACACAAUCUCAUAGAUUUGGAAGAUCUCUAUGUUCAUCUUCUUCCAGGGGAUAAUGCCAUCAUUGAGGAACACAAGCGAGAAAUAGUGGAAGCUAAGCAAAUUGUCAGAAAACUUACGAUGGUCGUCUUAUCCUCUGAAAAGACUGAGGAAAAGGAGAAGGAAAAAGAAAAAGAGGAGGAGAAAACAGAAAAGCCUCCUGAUAAUCAAAAGCUUGGUUUAUUGGAAGCUUUAUUAAAAAUUGGUGAUUGGCAGCAUGCACAAAGUAUUAUGGAUCAGAUGCCUCCGUUUUAUGCUACUUCACACAAGCCUAUUGCGAUCGCCCUUUGCCAGCUUGUACAUGUGACAAUUGAACCUCUGUACCGCAGAGUUGGUGUACCUAAAGGAGCUAAAGGGUCACCAAUUUCUUCUUUGCCAAACAAGAGAGCACCAAAACAAGCAGACAGCUUCGAGGACUUGAGAAAGGAAGUGUUCAACAUGCUUUGUUACCUUGGUCCUCACCUCUCCCAUGAUCCCAUUUUAUUUGCAAAAGUGGUGCGCCUUGGAAAAGCAUUUAUGAAAGAGGUUGGAACUGUGAAGAAAUUCGUCAGUGACAGAGUGGUUAAGUUUCAGUGUGAUGGAAGCAAACAAGAAGAUAAAGAGAAAAUGGAGAUACUGUUUAGCUGUUUGUUGAGUAUUACCGAUCAAGUCUUACUUCCAUCUCUUUCUUUGAUGGACUGCAAUGCAUGCAUGUCUGAAGAAUUAUGGGGAAUGUUCAAAACUUUUCCAUACCAGUACCGGUACCGUCUUUAUGGGCAAUGGAAGAACGAAACGUACAAUAGUCACCCACUUCUAGUGAAAGUUAAAGCUCAAACCAUAGACCGAGCCAAAUAUAUCAUGAAGCGUUUAACUAAGGAAAAUGUGAAACCCUCUGGAAGACAGAUUGGGAAGCUCAGCCACAGCAAUCCUACAAUUUUAUUUGAUUAUAUUUUAUCACAAAUACAAAAAUACGAUAACUUAAUAACUCCGGUGGUUGAUUCACUGAAAUACCUCACUUCACUGAACUAUGAUGUUUUGGCAUACUGUAUCAUUGAAGCUCUGGCAAACCCUGAGAAGGAGAGAAUGAAGCAUGAUGACACUACAAUCUCGAGCUGGCUGCAGAGUCUGGCUAGCUUUUGCGGUGCAGUUUUCCGAAAAUACCCAAUUGAACUUGCUGGUCUACUUCAGUAUGUAGCCAACCAACUGAAAGCUGGGAAAAGCUUUGAUUUGCUUAUUUUAAAAGAGGUAGUGCAGAAAAUGGCAGGGAUAGAAAUUACAGAAGAAAUGACAAUGGAACAAUUGGAAGCCAUGACUGGUGGAGAACAACUAAAAGCUGAGGGUGGAUACUUUGGCCAAAUCAGGAAUACAAAAAAAUCUUCUCAGAGAUUAAAAGAUGCAUUAUUGGACCAUGAUCUUGCCCUUCCACUGUGCCUGCUUAUGGCUCAACAGAGAAAUGGUGUGAUCUUUCAAGAGGGAGGGGAAAAACAUCUGAAGCUGGUGGGAAAACUGUAUGAUCAGUGCCAUGACACCCUGGUACAAUUUGGUGGGUUUUUGGCAUCCAAUCUAAGCACAGAGGAUUACAUUAAGCGAGUGCCUUCUAUUGACGUUCUCUGUAAUGAAUUUCACACACCUCAUGAUGCUGCAUUUUUCCUCUCAAGACCCAUGUAUGCACACCAUAUUUCAUCAAAGUAUGAUGAACUAAAAAAAGCUGAGAAGGGAAAUAAACAGCAGCACAAAGUUCACAAAUAUAUUACAUCGUGUGAGCUGGUGAUGGCUCCUGUUCAUGAUGCUGUGAUUUCUCUGCACCUUCCCAAGGUUUGGGAUGACAUCAGUCCUCAGUUUUAUGCUACAUUCUGGUCUUUGACAAUGUAUGACCUUGCCGUCCCACAUAGUAGCUAUGACAGAGAAGUCAAUAAACUUAAAGUCCAGAUGAAAGCCAUAGAUGACAAUCAGGAAAUGCCUCCAAAUAAAAAGAAAAAAGAAAAAGAACGUUGCACAGCUCUUCAGGACAAGCUCCUUGAAGAGGAGAAGAAGCAGUUGGAGCAUGUGCAGAGGGUUCUACAGAGACUGAAACUAGAGAAGGAUAACUGGCUUCUGGCAAAGUCUACCAAAAAUGAGACUAUCACAAAGUUUUUGCAGUUAUGUAUAUUUCCUCGAUGCAUUUUUUCGGCGAUCGAUGCAGUUUAUUGUGCUCACUUUGUAGAACUGGUGCAUCAGCAGAAAACACCCAAUUUCUCCACGCUUCUCUGCUACGACAGAGUUUUCUCUGAUAUUAUAUAUACAGUUGCAAGUUGCACUGAAAAUGAAGCUAGUAGAUAUGGCAGGUUUUUAUGCUGUAUGCUGGAGACUGUGACUAGAUGGCACAGUGACAGAGUCAUAUAUGAAAAGGAAUGUGGCAACUAUCCAGGCUUCCUAACUAUAUUACGGGCAACUGGAUUUGAUGGUGGAAAUAAAGCUGAUCAAUUGGAUUAUGAGAAUUUUAGACAUGUGGUACACAAAUGGCACUAUAAGUUAACUAAGGCUUCUGUGCACUGCCUUGAAACAGGUGAAUAUACACAUAUCAGAAAUAUCCUGAUUGUGCUGACCAAAAUCCUUCCAUGGUAUCCAAAAGUGCUGAACCUGGGCCAAGCCUUGGAAAGAAGAGUACAUAAGAUAUGUCAGGAAGAGAAAGAGAAGAGACCUGAUCUAUAUGCAUUGGCUAUGGGCUAUUCUGGGCAGUUGAAAAGUAGGAAGCCUUUCAUGAUACCUGAAAAUGAAUUCCACCACAAAGACCCACCUGCCAGGAAUGCUGUAGCUGCAACAGUACAAAAUGGGCCAGGUGGUGCUGGGAUGCCUACAUCUCUCACAAUAAAUACAGUUAGACUGGAAGAAGGCACUACUGAGGAGACUGAUAAACUAAAGGAGAAGUCUCAGGGUGUGGUGAAAGUUAUUAAUAAAGCUGUCAACGCUACACCGAAGGUGACAACAAGCAAUGGAAACAGUGCUUCUAAUAGCAAAAUUAUUAAAGAGAAAGAUGAUAAAGAAAAAAGCGGGAAGGAAAAAGAUAAAGAGAAAAAAGACAAGACUCCAGCUGCCACUCCAGAGAUGAAGGCACUUGGGAAGGAUGGGAAAGAUAAACCAAAGGAAGAACGGGCAAACAAAGAUGAUAAAGCAAGAGAGAUCAAGGAGAAAACACCAAAAUCUGACAAAGAGAAGGAAAAAGUCAAGAAAGAAGAAAAAGCUUCAAAAGAAGAAAAAUCCAAGACAGUUGUUACCAUCAUUGAGUCAAAGUCAACUGCAGAAAAGGAGAGAGAAAAGGAGCCGUCCAGAGAAAGAGAUGUAGCGAAGGAAAUGAAAUCCAAGGAAAAUGCUAAAGGAGGAGAAAAGAUGCCAGUAGCUGGGUCCUUGAAGUCACCUGUUCCCCGAUCAGAAACAUCAGAAUCUGAAAGGGAACAAAAACGCCGCAAAGUUGAUACACAUUCUUCUCCAUCACAUUCCUCAACAGUAAAGGACAACGUCAACGAACUCAAGGACUCUUCAGCAAAGCACUACAUUAACCACACUACUCCAACACUGUCCAAGAGUAAGGAGAGAGAAGUGGACAAGAAAGAUUUGGACAAGUCAAGGGAAAGAUCCAGAGAGAGAGAGAAGAAAGAUGAAAAGGACAGGAAAGAUCGGAAAAGGGAUCAUUCAAACAGUGACCGAGAGGUACCACAGGAUUCAACUAAACGACGCAAAGAGGAAAAUGGGACAACUGGUUCUUCAAAACAUAGUAAAAGUGAAAGUCCUUCUGAUUCCCCUCGCUUAAAUGAAAAGGAGAAGGAGAAGAACAAAUCCAAAUCUUCAGGAAAAGAGAAAGGUGAUUCAAUUAAAGCAGAAAAGAUGGAGAAGAGCUCCUCUGGUAGCAAAAAGAGGUUAUUUCUGAAUGAAUCGGAGAAGAUUACAAACCUUUGUCCUGCAGUGCAAGAAAGACACAGACAAAUUGGGAAGGGACUCAGCGGGGGACGUGUGCCGGGGCCGGGAAGGCGCCUCGCAAGGACAGGCCCGGCGGCCCCCCGGGCUGCAGGGCUGCACCAGCCGCGGCACCAGGGUGCUGUUCAGCUAGAAGGGGGUGUGGGCUGGCUGGGACCUGCCUUUUCUAUGGGGUCCUGCUCUAUGGGCUCGGGGCUCUUCCAGCGGGGGACGUGUGCCGGGCUCCAGCUGGGUGAGGCUGGGGGGCACCCGGGCUGGCCGGGGAGAGCCCUCGGCUCCUCGCAAGGACAGGCCCGGCGGCCCCCCGGGCUGCAGCCUGCCGCCAGCCGGGGCCAGGAGGGGUUCGCCCGGCCCGCGGACGGCCGGGGGAACGCGGCGCUUCCCGCCCUGACCGGCCGCUGCAUGUCAGUGUUGCUCCGAACAACGGCAGCCUCCUCUCUGGGUACCAGAACGGUGUCCAGAUGCUCUUCACCUCACAGGGCGGCUGCUGCUGAUGCCUGUGCCCGCACCUGGGGGAAGCUGGAAAGCACUUUUGUUGAUGCUGUUGCAGCGAUGCUGCCAGGUUACAAACCAGUCUCAGUAAUUCCUCUACGGACAACUGAUGAAAUAAAGAGUGGUGCUUUUCCUCCAGCUCCUCUCUGGGUACCAGAACGGUGUCCAGAUGCUCUUCACCUCACAGGGCGGCUGCUGCUGAUGCCUGUGCCCGCACCUGGGGGAAGCUGGAAAGCACUUUUGUUGAUGCUGUUGCAGCGAUGCUGCCAGGUUACAAACCAGUCUCAGUAA